AUUUUGGGAAUCUGUUCCAUCGAGCAAAUGACAAGCAUUUACAAUGAUCGCUACUUACAAUGUCCCCUUCCAACCCCAGUGGUGCCGAGAACCGACUUGACCCUGCCUUCGGGCUAUGACGCUGACGACCUUCCGCGAAAGCUUUAUGGCUUCCGGAGAGCUUUGAGCCCCAAGGAGUUUUGGGCGGAGCAAUCGGUUUUAGAUCGUGUGCGAUAUAAAAACUCCAACCAGCACCAAGGAUCGCUGCAUUUCCGUAAGCUUUUGGAGGUCCGACGGCUAUCUCGGCGUUUCGGAGAAAUGGAACUCGAUAAGUUGAUAAAGGAUAUCCUCGAUGUUAUGCACUGCAACAGAACAAAGAAAACCCAAGGCCGUUGGGAGUGUCUCCCAUCACAUCCCUACAUGUGCUAUGUGCUUGCACGGCUAAUGGGAGCGUACGGAUUGCUGCUGCGGUUAUUGAUCGCUCUCAGGAAUACUUACUUAGCCUUUCGCGCUGUUGCCCGGCAAACAUAUUUCAUGGCGGUGUCGCUUGUAAUCAUGGCGUCCUGCGCACGUCUCCAUCUUCUUUCGCGACACAUGCUGAAUGGUGUUGAGCAGUGUUAUCAACUUUUAAUGUCUUGGACUCAAUCCCUUCCUGUCCGGGGAUCCAAUGAUUCAUCAGGAAGCGAAUUACCACCGUCAUUGAGAGCGAAUCUUUUUGAUGCCAGUGGCGGUGUAUCAAUGACCGAGUCAACUGGAGCCCUUGAUGAGAUGUGCCACUACGACACACAGCCUAGCGCAUCCCAUCGACCAAUUUUGAUGGAAAUUGAACAGGCUGCGGCUGUUUCAGACGAAUUCUGGUCGGCAGGAAUAGGAGAUACGACUGACUUCGAUAUGGCUUCUUUAGCUGCUGGGGAAGAUUACUCGGCGGAUGGCUCUCUGGUGGACAAUCCAUCCAUAGAUGAUUGUAACCAGGAAAGUAGGCCAACUGCUGAGGAUGAUUCACAUGAAGGCAAUAAGGCAAAUUUGAGAGGUGUAAGAAAAAGCAUAACGGCAGAAAUGCGAAUGCCCAGAGCAGUGUCGAGAGCUCCGGGGCCAACAAAACGCUCGCAAAUGGCAAAGGGUGAUGCAUCUAUCAAUGAAAGGGCAAAGAACGGCAUUGUUUUACCUAACCAAGCGACUCAAGUUGCGAAAAAGAAACAACUUGAGAAAGAUCAGUCCGAACAUCUGGCACAGGAACGGAACUUGGAUAGGAACACCACCGGAUUGGCUUGUUUGCAAAAGAAGCGUAAGGCCGCUACUCGCACUGUCACUGGCGACGUUUUGGGCCCGAAAGACGCAGAAACAGCGGAUGUUCAAUCACAUAAGAAGCGACAGAACAAGAAACUUCCGAAGGAGAAGAAGAACGAGAUCGAUGACAUUUUUGGACUCUUUGGAUAAUCCAGAGAGGAUCGCAUAAUACCAAUAUUCAGCAGCGCAGAUACAAAAUUACCACAAUCUACAAGCGCAUGACUCCAACCGUUGACCUGUUCGGCGACAGCGCCGCUACGCGACUACUAGGGGCAUGAUGGAUGCUGACAUAGUUUCCCUCCCAGUCGGAUUACUACCAUUUCCAAUAAGUUCCACAUGGGUUGCGGUUCGGGCCCCAUAUAUCGUCAUGAAUGACGUGCCGCAGUACUUGGAUUGAGAGAACAUGGGAUGGCGACAAAAGGAGAGAGUGAGGGCAAUUGCACUGGUGGAAAAGCCGGAUGGGUAGCUGCAAAAGAUCCCGCAUAGGAGUAAAAAACACCUCGUAGUCGGUGGUCGACUGUGACACUGACUGACUCUGGUGUCAUAAAGUAUGGUUGCGGUCGUCAGAGGAGCAUGUUGAAACCAACCCGCCCGCUACUAUUUUGUACGUAUGACACUCAUCGGUCAGCUUUCGUUGUAAAAGGUCUUUUAUAUGGACGAACUUGUGUGCGAAGUAGACAGCAGUCCACUGGUGACUGGGAUAGAAAUAGACGCCAAGUGCUCCUGCAGUCGUUGACUUCAGAUUUCAGAUUUAGCAACAUAGUCUUAAUGACCGGUGCCGGCUAUUCGCAGAACACUUGCUUCAGCAGUAUUCACGUUCGCCGUGUGCUUUCUGUAAUCCCAUCUGCAUUGACGAUGUAGAAAUACGAACCUUGCAGUCGAUUGCGCUGAUGCUGUAAGAAG